UUUAGGUCCAGCGAAAAUUAGGACUAUUUUGUUCAGUAUUUUUUACUAACAAAUUGUGUUGGACUGUAGACUUGUUGUAGUAUUUUUUACUAGCAAGUGUGUAUUUUGUUGAAAUUUAACCUGGCUUAGUAUUUUUUACAAGUAGGUGUAAAUUGAGGCCUGUUCACUUAGUUUUAGUAUUUUUUACUAGCAAGUGUUAGGGUUUAUAGUGCAAGGAGUCGCAGAUUCAGGCAAGAAAGACCUCAUUAGACGAAAAAGAUCAACAGAGAGGAUGGCUGACAGCAAGAUCGUUCGGGAGGUGAAAGACCUUCUUGAGAAAGGCCGCUACUAUGAGCCUGCAGACAAAUUGGUGUCACGCCUCAGCUUGGCACUCUGCAAGGAAGGGGACCAAGAUCUUCUGAAAAGCCUGAUAAAGGCGACGUGUGAUCUGGCUCGUAGUACGGGACGAGGAAAAGGAAAGGGGUUGAAUUUCUGUAAAAAAGUGGCCAAUGAACUGAACAUCCUGGAAGUCGUGGACAGGGAGUGGAUAGUAACCAAUAUCCACAAACUUCCACCCAUCAAAGUGACCAAGGAACAGAUCUAUGAGCCGCUGAAGCAAACAAAAGACCUCAGGCUGGAAAUUGACCCCCAGAUUGAAAAAGUGGUCAGCGAUGCCGGAAAAGGGGCUGAGUGUGAAGAAAUGGAGGUGGAGUUUGAAUUGGACUUGUCCGCACAUUCAUCUCUACUAAAUACUCCGGAAGGGGAAAAGGGUAGAUCACCACGAAUAUCCCCCGUAAAGAUUGUGGUAUCCCCUGCAGUAAUAAGGAUUUCCCCUGUUAAGGCUCAACUGCCUGAACAAAUUAGCCGGAAGACAAGUAGAGAUGAACAGCAACCAUCCACUUCAGAAGAUCAACAUCAGCCCAGUGCAGGAAACGGGAAAAGGUUGAAGAGAGCUUCUUGCUCUAACAACCCAGAGGAGAGGAGAGUUUUUUACUCUGAAGAGGCUGGAGGGAGUGGACGUCUGACUAUAUCAAAGGGAGUUUCUUACUCUACUGAUAAGUCAGUAAGUAAAACUAAUAUGGUUCCACUCAACCAGGACACUUUAGCAUCUGGAGGAGCAAUGGAGGGCGUGGCCUUGCAUUACGGGUAUAAAAGAACCCGCACAUGUAUCAUACCAGGCUGUGGAGGUAAUACAAGGUACCCCAAAGUUCAUGCCUUCCGGGAACAUGUCCCAAGCAUUUUUGAUGAGCGCCUGCCCCCCGAUGAUGAGGAGGUUCUGGAAAGAAGAAAGCGGGCGUUGGUUCUCAUGACGACCUGGAUGCUUGGGAGACCAGGGACUUUAGAUGAGUUGGCCGAGUGUCUCCGGAUGCAGAGAGUGUUGGAGUUGGCGGAUAAUGUCUCUGUUUCGGACAGAUUAAAGUUGCAUAUGGAGGCUUUUUUGCCGAUAUGUUGGACAUGCGAUUCCCGCCAAGUUUACAGUGUGCCCACUCAAUUCUAUUGGGGCGGUGCUUCACUAUAAAGCAUUGAUGAUAAUCUUGGCGACGUUCGAUCAGGAACAGCAGACUUAUCUGAGAACCAUUUUUGACGGGCCAGCAGAUUUGAUGAGGGAUCCUCUGCCAAUUGCCUAUGAUGCACACUUUCAUCUAGACAGGUUGAAGACCAAGUUGAGUCUGCCAAAUUGUGCUACGUUGGAGGCCAUCUGGUCUAAAGCAGAAGUAUUGCCCGACAUGGAAAUAGACCUCAUCGGAUCUUGUGCAAGCUUCUGUGAUCCCAAGACGUGGCCAACAAACAGACAGCUUCAGGAUCUUCCCGGGAGUUUGGCAGUGGCGGUAGGGAUCCAUCCAAGGCACGCCAGCAACCAC